AUGCCACUUCGCACUCUACCUUUGGUUGAGGACGCUCAGAUGAGUACCUAUACGACUACGAAAAUUGUAGUUGGAAGCUGUAAGAGGACCACGGAGGAUCUGCUUUUCCAGUACCGGUUAUGGCGAGCCCCGGAUCCGCAGUCGAUCACUGGUGGAGCAACGGCUUCGGGAUGUGAAAUUUCGGCGAGCUCGGAGAAAAUAGUUGGACUGUUAGAGAGGCUUAACCGCACGGCAUCCAUUAUCGAAGUCGGAGAAACCCUUCCCUUUGAGUGGUCUAUGGUCACGAGAUUGAUUACUGCAGAGACACGAAUGACGGAAUACGAAAAAUGUGAAAACAUGGAUUAUCCCUCAUAUUUCGGGCCCAUUAAAGUGAAAAACGCAGAACUCUCCUAG